CUUUCAAAUUCCCCACCCAAUUCCAAACCCUUCCCGACCGUUAGCCACGCCACCCAGCACCCUCCUCCCAUCCCAUUCCCCGCGGCCCCUCUCUCGCCGGGCAAUGCAGAGAAGCCAGGGAGCCGCCACCAAGUCGGCGGCGCGGCGGCGCCCCCUCCGCGUGCUCUCCGGAAACAGGGCGCCCCACCCGCCGCCGGGUUCCCUCCGCCGCAAGCCCGCCGCUUCCCCUUCCACUUACCCCGCGGCGGCUGCGGCGGCGGCCGCGGCCGGACCGGCGCUCGACCGCCUCCUCCUCGCCCGCUCCGACCUCGCAGGGCUCGUAUCCCAGAUUGACGAAUUGGUCUCUAGUGCCCUCCGAUGCCAAACUAUAUCAACAAGAGGGGAACAAGAGAUAGCAUCUUUCAGUUGCUUCUUAUCAGACACUAAUUCUUCUUUGAAGCAAUGGUCUUCAAGGCUUAAGGAAGCACUUGAAGCUUCUCCAGACAAAAGUGAAGAUGUCUCAAAGCACACUGUGGGAACCUGUUCAGUUUCUGCUGCAAAAGGGAAUGGCAAGUUGUUUCCCCGCAACAGUAUGUUACCUUAUGCGGUCCCGGCAAUGACGCCUUCACACAACUUGGUCUGCAGCAACAGCAACUUACCUGAGGAUGACCUGAUUGUUUCGCCUUCACCUCUUGUUUCAUGGCGUCCUGGGUCAUGUAUGGUCGAGAGUGGAAAGCAGUUAUUUCUCUUGACACCAUUGCCAAAAACAAAAGCAUGCUCCUCCAGGUGCCCAAGUUCAUCCAAAACAGAGUUGAAGGCGACAGCCGGCAUGGAUGAGUUGAAUCUUCCCAAUUUACCUGUUUGGAAACUAACCAUUUCUGAUGACAAUCGUCCUGAUCUGGAGCAAAGUGUGCAAGUAAAGGAAGCAAGGGUUGGUGUCGCGACACCUCAUCUUACCUCAGCAAAGAAAGGCUCGUCAGAAGACAGACUAUUUUCGCCUUUCAGUUUCUCAAUUCAGAAGAGCAGGAGAGCUCUACCUAGUCCAUGCUUGAAGACAGCAUUGCCAGGUAAAAAGCAUGUGUUCUCGCCAAUAUCAGAGGGCUCAACAAAGGAAGAUAUUCUCAGCUCUGGACCAACUGAUAGCAACAAACCUUCUGGAGGCUCUGAUGACAUGCUGUCUGAUGAAAAGGAUCUGGCAACAAGGUACCCAGACCUGUAUGGUUUCAAUCAACCUACUGCAAAUACAUGCCGAAGGAGAGAAGCUGACGUGGCUCUUGAUUGGUUCUUGUCACCCCUCAAGACCUGUGUGUUAAUGGAUCCCAGUCCGACAGAUGAUAAGCCCAUUCCAACUCCAGCAAGGCAUGACAAUAAGCUGGAGGGAAGACAGGAACUUUCAGAUGACAGCCUCGUCCAAACUUCAGCAGUGCAUAGCAAGGCCUUGAUUGGUACUCCCUGGAGAGGCUUGGAAAACAAGAGCCCGAAGGGAGGACAGGGACUUCCAGAUGAUAAGCCCAUCCAGACUCCGGCAGUGAAUAGCAAGGCCUUGCUCGGUACUCCCUGGAAAGGGUUGGAAAGCACUAACCUGAAGGGAAGGCAUGCUGGUGAAACUACUCUCAAGAGGGAACUCUGGACUAGAUUUGAGGCGGUCUCUACCAACGAGCUGCACUUUGACAAAUCACUCUUCCAGAAGUCAAAUGGAAGGAGUUUCAUCGACAUGCUUGAGGAGGCCUCUUGAUUCUAGAGUAGCAGGUGGCCACCUGUAAGUCUUUUUUCUGUUGUAGCUAUGGGACUGGACAGUGAAAUCCAAUCCUUUGUCUAUAAAUGAUACACCAUGUAUGAGUAUGAGUGGCCAAAACCAAACUGAAAUGAUCCAUGGAUCAUCAAUGGGUUUCAAGUGUAAUGGGCUUGUGUUCAAGUUGAAAUUGGGGGGAGAUGCCUACUGGCACAUGGGGGUGGCUGCACCCUAUUGCAAAAUGCAUUUCGUAUUGAUGAUAUUUUCUAUUGUCCAACUGCA